CGGGGGCAGGGCCCGGGUGGCCGACAUGGAGAACUCGCAGCUCUGUAAGCUGUUCAUCGGCGGCCUGAACGUGCAGACGAGCGAGUCGGGGCUGCGCGGCCACUUCGAGGCCUUCGGGACGCUGACGGACUGCGUGGUGGUGGUGAACCCCCAGACCAAGCGCUCCCGCUGCUUCGGCUUCGUGACCUACUCGAACGUGGAGGAGGCGGACGCCGCCAUGGCCGCGUCGCCGCACGCGGUGGACGGCAACACGGUGGAGCUGAAGCGCGCCGUGUCGCGGGAGGAUUCGGCGCGGCCCGGCGCGCACGCCAAGGUGAAGAAGCUGUUCGUGGGCGGCCUCAAGGGCGACGUGGCGGAGGGCGACCUGAUCGAGCACUUCUCGCAGUUCGGCGCGGUGGAGAAGGCGGAGAUCAUCGCCGACAAGCAGUCGGGCAAGAAGCGCGGCUUCGGCUUCGUCUACUUCCAGAGCCACGACGCGGCCGACAAGGCGGCGGUGGUCAAGUUCCACCCGAUCCAGGGCCACCGCGUGGAGGUGAAGAAGGCGGUGCCCAAGGAGGAUAUCCACGCGGGCGGCGGGGGCGCGCGGGGCUCGUACGGCGGCAGCGACUACGGCAACGGCUUCGGCGGCUUCGGCAGCUACAGCCAGCACCAGUCCUCGUACGGGCCGAUGAAGAGCGGCGGCGGCGGCGGCGGCGGCAGCUGGGGCGGCCGCAGCAACAGUGGACCGUACAGAGGCGGCUACGGCGGCGGCGGCGGCGGCUACGGCGGAGGCUCGUUCUAGAAGCCGAGUUCCGGAUGCCAGGCGGCGGCGGCGGCGCUUCUCCCCUCCGCGCCCGCCCCAGGUGCCCGCGGGGGAGCCGCUUACCCUGGGGGGGCAGUCCCCCCAUUUGCCUGCCUGUCUCCCCCCUGAAGGUGGACUCGGCCCCACACACACAUUUUUGUGUUACAGUCAUUGAUGGACUCUAUUUUUUUAUUAUUACUUGGACCUUGGUCGUUUUUAUACUAGCAAAAUGUCUUGUUUUAAUUUGUGUUUUUUUGGGGGGGUGGGUGGGAGGGAGUGAACUUGCUGAUUCUGUAGCAAAACCUGGGUGGGGGUUGGGCGGGGGUAGUUUACUUUGUUGUAAGGACUUGAUACCUGGCUACAGCGUUUUCUAUGAAACCUACUUGGAUCCCAUGCCUGAAAUUUGGAAGCAUAUGUACAAAAAUCAUUUUUACGUUUUAUUUUUAAUAAAUCAUUGUGUUUGACCGUACAUGUCUAACAUUUUUUUUUUCUAGGAUCCACUCCUUACCGUUUUAAAGGAUAUUUUUGUUAGUUUUUGAUGUACUUUGAGAAACUUAAAAAAGAGGUCUUGUGGGUUAUUUUUUUCCCCUUUCCUGUUGCCCAGCUAGUGAUGUGUUGAAUUUACCCCUUACAGUCAAACUUUUGAAGUGGUGGAUGUGGCUGUUGAAGGUUUCUGUGCAUCCAUCUCCUGUACUAAGCGAGUAAGCUUAUCAUCUUGACAUGGUUGGUCACUUCUUUCUAUGAGAAUUUACUUCAGAAUAUGUACUGUGUAGUUUUAAGAGAAAUAGUUUGUGUUUAAGCAUGUGUUCUCAUUCAUAUAAAACUGUUUGAAACUUUUUUAGAUGACCUAGUUUCAUCCUUAUUGGUUUGUCUGUAAUGAAUGGUUACAAAUAAGGGUUAUGUUGACCCUAACACUAAGUGAUUUUUUUUUUUUUUUUUGUAUUUUCAGAGCAGGUUUAAAAACGUUUCUUUUCCUAAAUCUGAACUUUGUCCUUUGAAGUCCAACCCAUGUAGCACCAUCUACUGGUAGAGUGGCCGUAUAGCUGCAAGACAGUUGGUUAAAAAAGUCAUUUGUUCAGGACAAUUUCAUCAGAUUGAGCAGUUUGCCAUCAGAAAUCGGUGCAGACUUGGAAGUUCCACAUUUGACUGAGAUGGGCUUCACAGGAAUGUAGCUGACAGCCCUCACCAGUCUUCUACAUGAGGUUUGAAAAUGUCAACUGCUAUGCAUAGCUUGGGCAGGAGCCCCAAACUGCUCUGUAGCUACCGGAGCAGCUAUGUGUACGGGGUUAGGUGCAAGUUGUAAAACAAUCUAUGUACUCUGCUUGGUUAACGUGUGUUUGUAGCCCUUCAUGCAAUAGAAUUCAAGUUGUUGUUUAUAAAAACAAAAAACAAAAAAAAAAACCUGAUAAUAGGAGAAAAAAAUUGCCUUCCUGGAUAGAAACAUAGAAUAGCAACGUUUAUGGAUAUCACAAAUAAAGAAUUCAAUUCUUUA